CAACAACAACAAUACCCACUCUCACACGCCUAUAUAUUCACAGAAACUUCUGAUCGUGUCCCCUCUUCUCCUCUACAAAUCUCUCGAUCUCCAUACCAUUUCUUCAACAUGUUAUCAAACCCCCACUUCUUGAUUCAACACCCACGUGUCUUCUCCUUCUCCUUCUCCCAAUUUCCGCUGUAAAUUUCGAAUUUUGAAAUUAGGGUUUUCUUCAAAACAAGAAAAAACAAAUUGGGGGUUUUUGGUGAAUCUUGAAUGGGGAAUAAGUUGGGCAGAAGAAGACAAGUUGUUGACGAAAAGUAUACAAGACCUCAGGGGCUGUAUCAACACAAAGAUGUAGAUCAUAAGAAGCUUAGAAAGCUUAUUCUUGACUCAAAGCUUGCUCCUUGUUAUCCUGGUGAUGAUGAUUGCAGUUGUGAUCUUGAAGAAUGCCCUAUUUGUUUCUUGUAUUAUCCAAGUUUGAAUAGAUCAAGAUGUUGUACAAAAGGGAUUUGUACAGAGUGUUUUUUGCAGAUGAAGACACCGAAUUCUACGCGCCCUACGCAAUGUCCGUUUUGUAAAACGUUGAACUACGCGGUCGAGUAUAGAGGCGUGAAAACUAAAGAGGAAAAGGGGCAAGAGCAAAUUGAAGAACAAAGAGUGAUAGAAGCGAAAAUAAGAAUGAGACAACAAGAGAUUCAAGAUGAAGAGGAAAGAAUGCUCAAAAGGCAAGAGACGGGUUCUUCAAACAGGGUAAUUGAGCCAACGGAGGUUGAAUAUUUCUCCAGAGGAGCGGCGUCUUCUUCAGAAGGUGAGGAAAUAGUUUCCGCUUCAAAUCCUGCAACAAUGAGACAUCCCGCACGCAGUAGGGAGAACAGAGAUGACGAGUUUGAUCUUGAUCCUGAAAACAUAAUGCUCAUGGAAGCCAUCUGGUUGUCGUUUCAGGAGGAUAACAAGCACAGGCAUGAUAACCCUAAUUACGGUGACGCCGCCCAAUUAGCAAAAGACGCAACCGAAGUUCGCCUCUUAGCAUCCAUGGCCCCACAAGCCGAAUACUCAGCUUCAUCCUCAUCCCCUUCCGGUGGACUCGCAUGCGCCAUAGCCGCUCUCGCCGAACGCCAGCAAACGGGAGGUGAAUCCUCAACUAAUUACAACAACUACAGCGGGAAUCUAUCAACAUACAACGCGCAUCCCAACCACAGCCAAACAGGGUUAUUAUCGCUUGAUAACCAUCUCCAAAUUAAUCACGAGAACUCAGAAUUUGGGUACGGUGGUAGUUUACGGAGGGUAGAUGAUAACGAUGAUGUAAGCAGAGGGCAGUAUGGUCAACUUGAUGAGGUUGAAAAUGGUGGAAAUAUAGUUGUUCCGGAGAGCUUUGAAGAGCAGAUGAUGCUAGCGAUGGCGGUUUCAUUGGCGGAGGCUCGAGCUAGGACUAGCAGUACGCAAGAGGUGGCGUGGAUUUAGUGUGUGUGUGUGUUUAAGAAGGUGUAUUAUUUGUGUGUUGGUAUACAGUGGAUGUAAAAGAGAAAAAGAUGGAAGUGUAGAUUUGUGGGUAGAGGUUUGAGUCAUGAAUGCAUGCAUACAGACAGACAGAGAAUCAACCCCUUUGAAGAUUUUAAAGUCUUGUAUGAUUAUUAUUAUUGUUUAUGGGGGGAUUCAGAUUUGUUGUUUGGCCAUAAAAGCACAUGCUUUUGUUCAUCAAAAUUGAUUUUUUGUUUCUGUUUA